AUGACUAUUGCACCUGUUCCUCUUAAUAUACCAGCGGGCACUUUCAAAGAAGAUAAAGUUAAUCACAAGGAAGAAACAACAGUUGAAUCUUGCGAAAAAUUAGUUGCUCUUAUGACAGAUCCAGUUGAUUUGCUUUAUGAAUCAAUGCUUCGUAGAGAACCAGAACAAAUUACACGCUCAAAUAUUUAUAAUUAUAUCGGAACAAAGAAAACAAUGCCAUACAAACCACUUUCAAUUUGA